UUCCCAUCGAAUUACAGACAAGCUCGUACGCAAUGUUUUUCGAAAGUUUCCUCUUAAACUUAUUCAUUCUUCUCGUAUUAAUAUUUGCGUUGAUAUUCGAUUAUGUGACGAAGUUCUUCAGCUAUUGGUAUAUACGACAUGUGCCGUACAAAAUGUCGCUCCCUUUCUUCGGAAGCGAUUACCAUAGGGUUCUCGGGAUAAGGAGCACAACUUCCGAAGUGAAUCAUCUAUACAGCCUGUAUCCCGAAGACAAGUUUGUGGGUUGUAUCAAAAGCAGAAUCCCAGAUUUGAUUGUAAAGGACCCAGAUGCAGUAAGGAAAAUUCUAUCAACGGAUUUCUCGAAUUUCCAUUGCCGAGGCCUCGGGCUGGACAAAUCCAGGGAUGUUUGUUUACGAAACAAUUUGUUUUACGCUGAAGGUGAAAAGUGGACUCUACUCCGUAGCAGAUUGGAAUCAAUAUUGAAUAAGCGUUUAGAUACCCAAGACGGCUUACAUGACUGUUUGUCCGGAAUCAAUGGAGAUACGAACGUUCAACAGUUAUUGUCUGAGUUAUUGGAUAUUGUUUUUAAAGAUUUACUCAUCGGUAAUAAUGUUGAAGGAUCUAUUAUUACAUGUUUGAGAAAGGAGUUUGAACAGCGUACAUGGCAGGAUAAACUGAAGAGCUAUUUGAAAAACAUAUUUCCAUCUGUAUACGUUCUGUUGAAUUUGAAAACACCGUUUGCAAAACUGCACAAUAAAUAUCGGAAUGUGCUCAAAGACACAAAAAUAUACAACGACGUAAGAAAAGCUGAAAUGAUUUUCCCGUAUGAAGAUAGAAAUUCCAAAACAAAACUGAAUAAAGAGUCAACGGAAGACGACGCUUUCUCAAUAUUGUCUUUAUUUAUAAGCGAGGGAUAUUCGCCGUGCUUGAAAGUUUUGAUAUCUCUCAUGUUUGAAUUAGCUAAGCAUCCACAAAUUCAAGAAAAUGCUAGAAAAAAUACCACCGAUUUAAAUGCAGCUAUCAAAGAGACUUUAAGACUUCAUCCACCAUACUCAGUAAUUAGUCGCAAAUGUAUGAAGAUGUACACGUUUACUAAAAACGAGUUUCUGGUUGAUAAAGGAGUGACUUUAACCGUACCUAUAGAAGCUAUUCAUAAGGAUGAAAACAAUUUUAAAGAAGGGAUCGCUUUCAAACCAGAAAGGUUCAACACUAUUGAAGAAUCUUCAACCUUUUUGCCUUUUGGUUUAGGACCAAGAAAAUGUAUUGGCGAAGAAUUGGCGCUGGAUAUUAUUCAAAAAGUGGCCAACAUUAUUCUGAAGAACUUUAAUAUUGAACCAUGUGAAGCUACUCCUGAGAAACUACAUGUGGUGGAUUAUAACUUCGCAUGUGUUAUAGACAACGAUGUAUGGUUGAGGUUGAAGCCAAUAUUAUAGGGAUUUGUUAAUAAAAAGCUUUGAAAUUGUUGACUAUAUUGUGUCGAUUUCUUGCUCAAUAUUAGACUCGAUGCGUUAAGGUUACAUUGUCUUUUGGAUUAUUGCUAAAUUUGCUAACAAUUAUUGUAUGUUUUAUGAUGAUGUUCAGUUGUAUUUAGAUGGAUUAAGGGACCUGAAAUUUGUUUGUUUAUUAGUUAACCAACACUUCUUUACAAUUAUAAGCUAGUUAAAAACGGUUAAGUUAUUUUAUUGUAUCAUAAUACAAUACUUUUAUAGAAUUAUUUAUUUAUAUUAAUACAAAUACAUUCAAUAUCAUAUACUUAUUAUCAACAACCUACUCGCCCUAGCUUCGCCCAGGUAGACAUUUAUUUCAUAUAGACAACUAAUUUUAAUAUAAAAUAUGAUUUUUUUAUGCUAAGCUUAGUUUUAAAACAACGUACAAAUAUCUCAUAUUCUAUCAAAGGCAAUUAAUUAUUAUGGAAUAUUGACCAAUAAACAGGUGUUUACCAAUGACCAGCUGAUUAUGAUGUGAAAAUGGUUCCUGUGUGUAAUUACAAUUAAUUUAACUGCAUUGCAUGUACUGUGUACUAACCGAAUGAUAAUAUUCAAUAAAGUCAUAUUGGUUUUUGAAA